AUGGCACCCUCAGCCGUCUCAGCCCCCGAAACCACAAUGGCCAUUAAGCCCACCAAGCCCUCAAACCCCGGCCUCGCACACAUGGCCGGCGCCUUCCGCGUCUUUGCCCGUAAAGGCUACACCGAAGGCAUGAGCGGUCACAUCUCCGUCCGCGACCCCGAGAACAUCCACACCUUUUGGACAAACCCUCUGGGCAAGCAUUUUGGCCUGCUCAAGGCGAGUGAUAUGAUACUCGUGGACUAUGAGGGCAAGGCUAUUGGUGGUAAUAUGUCAAGGCCGGCAAAUGCGGCGGGCUUCUUGAUUCAUAGCGCGGUGCACAAGGCAAGACCUGAUGUCAUCGCUGCGUGUCACACACAUUCGCCGUAUGGAAAGGCGUGGAGUACAUUUGCCAGACCCCUGGAGAUGUUGAAUCAGGAUGUGUGUUACUUCUACGGCGAGGCCCAGGCCGUCUACAAGGAUUUUGGCGGUAUCGUGUUCAGCGAGGAGGAAGGUCUCAAGCUUGCCAAUGCUCUAGGUCCUAAAGGCAAAGGCAUGAUUUUGAGAAACCAUGGUUUGUUGACUGUGGGCAACACGGUUGAUGAAGCUGCGUAUCUCUAUACGCUGAUGGAGAGGAGUUGUGAGAUUCAGUUGCUCGCUGAGGCGGCGUGUGCGAGUGGUAUUCAGAAGGUUAUCGUGCCUGAGGAGUCUGCCGACGAUGCUGACACUCUGUACGAAGAGUUCCAGCCUGAAUUGGAGUAUGAAGACGCCAUGACCAAUGGCGACUUCAGGAACUGA